AAAAUUACAAAGAUUGAUUGAUUGGGUAUACGGCCAAAAUUCAAGAUCCAAGAGUAAAGUUACAGAUUCGUUUCCUUGGUGCUAAUUUGUUUUUUUAUCACGUCCAAAUACGCGCUCGACAGUGUAUUACAGCGCCAAGGUGCCAGAUCAUUUUCGCUAACCAUGCAAUAGUCUCGGAUCAAUGACACAACAAAAAGCAAGUUGUCCGCAUGUCCCAUCAAAUCCAGGAGAUCACAUUUCUUCGUUGAAAUGCGCAACCGAACCAAUUCUAUUGCUUCUUUGCUAAAGAUGCACAACCGAUAAAAGUCAUUGGCAAGUAGUGUGACUGAAACACUGCUGCUAUUUUUGACCUCUCCAUAGGCGCUAGUGUACAAGAGCCGGUAUCCAGAUGAUGCAUACACGUCAAUUUUGUAAUCUGUGAAGUAUUAGAGAUUGAUUUUGGGGUUAGUAUCUCAGCAAUGAGAUAAAUUAGAGCUGUAAGAGUGUUGUUUAUUUAAGAAAGAAGAUCAUGGCUGCUUAUAUAAAUAUUUGGUUGCCUGAUUUAAGGUCUCCGCCGGUUAAUGGUCAAUUAUCACUGAAGCAAUGUGAAGUGUCCGAGUGCCUGGUGUGUGGUACGUUCCUGAGAUGUGACCAUGUUAGGUUCAUUAGCAAUUGUAGUAUCCGUUCUGGAUCGUGAAGUUUGCAUUUUACUC